GGUUUAUUAUCCGUAGUUAAUAACUAGGGGUUUAGGGUUCUUCGUGGCUAUGGCGAAGCGGGAAGACGAUCUCCGGACGCCGGGCGAGCUGCUUGGCCUGGCGUCCGAAUUCAAUGCCGGCAGAGGCUCCUACUGCCACGACGGUAAGAUUUACGCCUCGCUCGUCGGGAUCCGGCAUUUGAUCGAGGCGAAACAAGGCUCGGAUGAUCUGAGGCCUACGAUCGAGAUUCGCAGGGAGAAGGAGAGGGACGCAGUGCCAGAAGCUGGAUCGACAGUCACUGCCAAGAUCACGAAAGUCCAGGCACGAAUGGCUUCGGCGGAUAUCGUUUGCGUCGGGCCAAGGGCCGUGAAGGAGAAAUUCACGGGCAUAGUCAGACAACAGGAUGUAAGGCUCACUGAGAUCGACAAAGUAGACAUGCAUUCUUCGUUCCGGCCUGGAGACAUCAUUCGAGCGGAAGUGAUCUCGCUCGGAGACUCUCGCGCUUACUAUCUUUCCACUGCAAAGAACGAACUUGGCGUAGUUUCGGCUGUGAGCGUCGCUGGCAUGCCAAAGUUCUUCCUCGUUUCUACCAAAAGUUUUGCGAUUCGAUUUUUUUUCUCUGUGUGUUCUUCCAGGUGCUACAAUGGUUGCCGUAAGCUGGCAAGAAAUGCAAUGUCCUUUAACGAACCAAAGAGAACCACGCAAGGUCGCGAAGGUGGUCACUUAAAACGAGUGAUCGAAUAUUUCUAAUCACACAAAGGGAUAUGCCGUGUCCGGGUCACCGUCCAUCCAGGUGUGGGAAUAUCAGCCGUUGGAUGACAUUAACUUUCCCGCUUCUUUACAAACGCUAUCCCGCCAUUUUCUCAGCUA